AUGCCCAAAUCCCCGCUCUCCCCCUCCGCCAUGAUGCUGGCAGGCCGCAUGCCCGUCAUAGCCGAAGACGACUCCCUCCCCGCCGUCGUCCACCCCUCCGACGCACCGGGCCUGCCCCCUCCACCACCGCCCUCCCGGACCACGAAGCCGAAGACGUGGGCCCGCUCGCCCAUUAGCAGGCCCAUAUACCCGUACCCCUCGUACCCGCCCCCGGCCUACAACCCCUCGUCCCACUCCUCCCACGCCCGCAACCUGUCUCGCAGCUCGUCCCGGUCCAGCUCGCGGAGCACGGUGAGCACGCGCAGCCUGAUGAGCAGCAGCAGCCGCAGCCGGGGGAGUCCGCCGGGGAGCCGUCCGGGCUCCGGGACCUCGACGCCCAGGAGCUCGUAUUACAAGGCCGGGGCCCGGCAUUCGGGGCUCGUGCCCAUCACGACGCCCGUCGGGCCGGUUGAGGACGACAAGAGCGGGGAGAAGGCGAAGGAGGCGAGGAGGAGAAGGAGGCGGUGGUAUACGAUUGUCGGGAUGAUUGUAGUUAUUGGCCUGGUCGUGGGGUUGGCGGUAGGCUUCACUACCGGAACCCAUAAACAAAAUCCAACCACACCCCAACUCCCACCAAACCUCCCCUCCAUCUUCCCGGCGGGCUCCUUCGCCUUCACCACGGCCCUGACGUCCGCCCCGACGAACUGUACCUCCAACCCGUCCACCUGGCGCUGCUUCCCCUACACGACCUACGCCCAGUCUUCCGCGGGCGGUGGUUCCCCCAACGCCUCCCUCGCCACCUUCUUCUGGACCAUCGCCCCGCGCAACUCGUACACCUACCAGGUCUCCUCGUCCCCGAACCCCUUCGCCCCGCAGUUCGCGAACCUCACCACGACGCUGCUCGACGGCAACUCGUACAACGAGCGCCUCGUCUUCAACUUCUCCCUGCCCAAGACGGUCGUCCCCUCGGCGGCCAUCGCGGCGGACGACAGGGCCGCCUCGUGCGUGUGGGCCGGCACGGCGUUCAGCGCGACGCUGUGGACGAGGCGGAGCGCGAGUGUUGGUGGAGGUGCUGCUGCCGCGGCCAAGGAGGGGAACGCGACGCUCGUCUCGGACGGGAGUAAGUGGGCGGAUUGGCCCGGCCAGGUCGAGGUCGUGCAGGUCGCGAGCGGGGGGCCGGAGUGUAAGGAUUCCGAGGGGGCGGCGGUCCCGGUUGCGGCUGGGGAUGGGGAGUGUGAGUGUCACUAUGCCAAUUUUGGGCUGGGCGGGUGA